UGCGGCCGUGGCUGCGGCGUGUGCAGAGUUAAGGCGGGAGGAGGAUCCCCCCGCAUCUGUGGAGGGGAGGAGGGGGGGAGCGAGGGGCGGACCCGGUGCAGCCCCGCCCCACGCCGGAGCCGGUGCAGAGCCCCCUCCAGAUCCCGGCUUGCAUCCCCAACCGGAGCCCCGGGGCGUCGGCGGCAGAGGUGGAUCAGGGGGACCCCCAUCUCUCCCCGCCCACCCGGUGCCUUGGGGGACAGCAGAGACACCCCGCCCCCCUCGUAGGGUGAAGGCAUAAUUCCUGGACUGGUCAGCUGCUUUCUGCAGCCCUGGUAGAAUCAAAAUGUGGCCCUGUCACAUUCCCCUCAUGAGGCCUGUUGCCUGAAGAAGAUAGCAUGGCUUGCCACUGGCCAUGAGCAACAUGGCUGCGGGCGGUGGCCGGGCCUUUGCCUGGCAGGUGUUUCCCCCCAUGCCUACUUGCCGAGUCUAUGGCACAGUGGUCCACCAAGAUGGGCACCUCUUGGUGUUGGGGGGCUGUGGCCGGGCUGGAUUACCUCUGGACACUGUGGAGACAUUGGACAUGGCCUCACACACGUGGCUGGCCUUGGCACCCCUGCCCACUGCCCGGGCUGGGGCAGCUGCUGUGGUUCUGGGUAAGCAGGUGCUAGUGGUAGGCGGCGUGGAUGAGCUGCAGAGCCCAGUAGCCGCUGUGGAGGCCUACCUAGCUGAUGAAGGCCGCUGGGAACGUCGAGCUCCCCUGCCUCAAGCAGCCAUGGGGGUGGCGACUGUGGAGAGAGAUGGCUUGGUGUAUGCUCUAGGGGGAAUGGGCCCUGACACGGUUCCCCAGGCCCAGGUACGAGUAUAUGAACCCCGCCAAGACUGCUGGCUUUCGCUACCCUCCAUGCCCACCCCCUGCUACGGGGCCUCCACCUUCCUGCAUGGGAACAAGAUCUAUGUCCUGGGAGGCCGCCAGGGCAAGCUCCCCGUGACCGCUUUUGAAGCUUUUGAUUUGGAGGCCCGCACCUGGACCCGACAUCCCAGCCUGCCCAGCCGUCGGGCCUUUGCUGGCUGUACCAUGGCUGAAGGCAGUGUCUUCAGCUUGGGUGGUUUGCAACAGCCCGGGCCCCAUAAUUUCUACUCUCGCCCGCAUUUUGUCAACACUGUGGAGAUGUUUGAUCUGGAGCAUGGGUCCUGGACCAAACUGCCCCGGAGCCUACGCAUGAGGGAUAAGAGAGCUGAUUUUGUGGUUGGCUCCCUCGGGGGUCACAUUGUGGCUAUUGGGGGCCUUGGAAAUCAGCCAUGCCCUCUGGGCUCUGCGGAGAGCUUCAGUCUUGCCCGGAAGCGCUGGGAGGCACUUCCUGCCAUGCCCACAGCCCGCUGUUCCUGCUCUAGCCUCCAGGCUGGGUCCAGGCUGUUUGUGAUUGGUGGCGUGGCCCAGGGUCCCAGUCAAGCUGUAGAAGCGCUAUGUCUGCGGGAUGGAGUCUGAAGGACUGGUGGAACCAGUUCGUUGGAGCAGCGGCUCAGGGUAGAAGCGAGAUGUCUGACUCCCUUUGUGGCUGAGAGAGCUCUGCUCUUUGUGGCUCUGUGGGGGUACAGGGGGCACAGAGGUGGGCACGGGAGGCAAGCUGCCUCUGCGAUUGGGGUUGGGGAGCCUUUCUCAUUAGCAGAGGACACACCAUAGGCUCACACUACCUUUACCGUCAUCUAGUCAUCAACCAUACCUAGCUCAACCGUUGCCCUAGAAACUACUAGGCCCUGGGAAAGCUGGCCUUAAACCCUACCCCCCACCGCACCCCCCCCCCCCCACAAUGCAGGAUAGUCAUGCAAUUGAUGAGGCCUAUCCCAGGAAGCCAUUCCUGAAAAAUGUCAACUAUUGACCUGCCUCAUUGGGUCAAUGAGUGUUCAGAGUAGUGGGGGACAGAGGGGAAUGGAAGACAGGACUGGGAACUGCUGGGGUGGGGGUGAGGGCAGGGGGAAUGCUGGCUUUGGGACCCUCCACACUGGUGGUCAUAUGCCUUUGGGCAAGUCAUUUCACCUCUCUGUGCCUCGGUGUCCUCAUCUGUAAAUGGGGAAUCUCUGAAACAUUCCUGCCCUACCUACCUCACAGGGCUGUUGUGAGGAGCCAGGGAGUUUGGAU